GUGUCAGUACACCCUCAGAAAGGAUGUGUUAAAAUCAUACACACUUCUUGUGUUAGUACUAAUUCAACACACGUUGUGUUGAAUUAUCCAUUGUUUGUGUUAAAAUUACACAAAUAUUUCACAGGAGUCACUAACACAUCAUGUGUUAAAUAAUUGUUCAAUUGAGUUGCGCGCUGCAACUGCUUUGCGUCACAAACACGACUCCACACUCCAGUCCAGCAGGUGGCGGUACUGCGCCAAUAAGCUGGUUUGUCAACUGCCACUCGACAGAAGAAGUUGAUGUACGUUCGUUCCUAUGACUGACAGUGAAUUGCUGAGUCAAGGAAAAACGAAGACGGCUAACGGUAAGUUAGUCAAUACGAUUAAUGCUGUUGAAAUGUGUUUGUGAAAUGUAGAGAGUUUUCGAAAAUGGAAAACCGUAAUGACUUAACAAAUAACUAACGUUAGUAAAUAACUUUAGCGACAACAUUAAUGUUAAACGUCAAUAUAUUGUUACUGCUAUCUACGUAUUGGCGCUACGUUACUAGCUAACGUUAGCUAGUGUCCUGUGUUUCUGUUGCCUAUGAAAUAUGGACUGAGCUGAAGUUAUAUUAUAAUAUGGGUCUAUAUCGUAUCUGAUGCAGUUAACGUUGCGUGAUGGAUUCUGUCCAGAGUCAAAGUCGGCUCACGGCCCGCCAGCCAGCGUUCUUUUUAAAUUAAAUGUGAUAUUGAGCUAACGUUAAGUGCUGCUAAUGCUAACACAUUAAUAGUUCAGUAAUGUCGCCGACAUAUAUUCAGUUACUCCAAAAGUUGACUUAACAAAAACAAUGUUUCUGGUUUGACCGCUAUAUAUAUUUAUGUAUAUACGGUUAUGCGGGUUAGUGUUCUGUUUUCAAAAGAAUUAAUGUUAGCAGUCAAGUGCUAUAGGCGGGAAAAUGAAUAGUUGAGGCGGUGUGGGGGAGGGGUAGUUCAGACUUUCAGGAGGGGGAGCGCCCUCCGAAACACUGGUAUGUCCCAUUUGUUAAAAAAAUACUAUUUCUGUGCACUUUCUCAAUUGAAGGCCAAGGGCAAUUUGUUCAUAGUUAAUCCAAUUCACCAACAGCCGUUUUGUUCUUUUACAGCAUUCAAAUGGAAGGGAGUGAGGCUCCCAAGACAUUAACAACAGUGUUCCUAGAUGGGACAGAGAUAUGCAAGAAGAUGCUUCAACUACCCUCUAUUGCAGACAUUCUUGAUGCCUGCAAAAGUUCAUUAACUUGCAAUGCAGAAUGUGAUAGACUUCUAAAAUUUAACACAGAUUUUAAUGAAUACAUUGACACGGACAUCAAUGGCAAUGUCGGAAACUUAGACAAAUAUCACAUUUUGUUCAAGUCAACCAAGCCAAAACACUCUCGGGAACAGUUGGUAUGUACGUGUAUUAGUCCUGUGAAAACUCAAUUAAUAAUUCUUUUCUAUUUUAUAGACUAUUUUGGCUGCCAAUGAACUAACCCAGUAGAUAAGCAUUGUUGUCUACACCAUUACGGAGCAAUAGUUGUAGGAUGUAAAAAGUAAAAAAAGAGCUCAUUAUGUAUUUUAUCAUCUUUUUUUACUUUUUAGGCCUUAGAUCCUGAUAUCUCAGCUGACCUUUUACAUACAAAUAGUUAUGUACACCGUGAUCAAGUUGGAAUAUUGUAAGAUUGUUGGAAGAUGUAAUGUAUAGGUGCGGUACGAGUGUAUAACUGUGAGGCGGAACCGCCGGGUACAGAUGCAGCUGGUCCAAGUGGUCAAUUGGAGGCUGAGCAGUUCAGUUCCUGUACAACUCAUCCAAGCAGUCAACUGAAUAGUCGAGGACAAAUUGAUGGUGCGCAUGGAUUUAAUGCAGCCAGUCUGACAGCACUCCUUGAGAGUAAGGCCCGAAGUGUACUGGCUGAAUAUGAAAAAUCAGGAACACUCUCUGUGACCUCCAGAAAACUUAUUGUGAAGAUAGGUGUCAGUGAUCUGGUGGAGCGAAGGGGAUUUUACCCUUCAAGUGCUGACAAACAGAAUUUGGCUAAAAGCUUAAUAACAGUCUUCCCAUCACUGAAGAUCAAGAUCCAAGAAGAGAAUGAAGGAUUUGAGCACUUUUAUGACCCGGUGUCUCAUUGUGGGUUCAUCGAAAUGAAACUGAGAAACCUACGGAGAACCCUCCAUGAUGAUCAGCGACUGUAUCGCAAGCGUGGCAGGUCUAGUAAUCCCUCUGGAGUUAGUAUAACACUGGAAGUGAUUGCAGAUGGGGAAGAAGAGUCCAUCAAGGAGUGGAUAACCUCUACCAAAAGGAUGAGACCAUCUCCUGAGAACAUUGCAUCUAUCAAAAUGGGCAUGGAGAAAACCUACACCAACCGAAGACUCUGGAUUACAAGCAAAUCGCCAACCGUGGCUGAGGUUUUCCAGCAGUACCCUCGCUUUGUGGACAUGCCAUACUUGUUGGAUGCAGAGUUUGGAAAAAUGUUCCCCGGGAAGGAAGACCUCUUCCUUCGGAAAUGGGAAGGACAUAUUGUUCCAAAACUACUUAAAGUGGCUACACUUGAAAAUGACCCCCAUGUCUUGCCAGCUGGUGAGGAGAGUGAUGAGUUCCUUUGCUUCAGAGCCCUUCAGAUGCUCACACACUAUUUGCCUCCUACUGCAUCGGGGAGGGCUAAAGGAUGGGCCAAAUGCAGUGUGAAAUCGGCCCUUUCGUACAUCUUGGACAUAAAACCGACUGGAACAAGCAUACCAAGCCUUCUAGAGGGAUCUCCUGAGGAAGCAGUGGGAGUCCACCAGCCCAAGCUGGUGUGUUUAGGGCACCCCAGGACAGUUGCUCAGUACGUCAUCAUUGCAAAGAACGACAAUGUCGCCAUCCCCCUUCAAGACGAAGGUUUGACAUGUGCCAUUGACAAACUGUUCAAAGUUUUCUGGGUUUGCAACAUGGCAUAUCCUGCCCAACUCGAAUCAGUCUACAGUUUCUUUGAGUAUGUUUAUGACAUGCCCAUCUCAGGUGGGAAGAGAUCGAAAGUUGUGGAACUUAUUGCAAAGCUCCAGGCAGUAUUGUUGUAAGUUGUACCACCAUGUACAGUUGUCCCAAAUGCAAGAAAUCCAUUUCGAAACAAGUCAGGACACUUAUUAGACAUCUUAGGCAAGUUCAUGCAAUUUCAGAUGGACAGGAUUAUACAAUUGUAGUCAGAACCACUGUCAAAGAACUUACCAUAACUUUAAUUCUUAUGCCAGACAUAUAAACAGGGAACACACUCAGGUUGCAAACCCAGUAAAUUUGGAACAAAUGGUCAAUUUUGGUAAUGGGUCGGAAGAUGUUUCUACGUCAUGCUCCAACGCAAUGAAAACUCCACAAACAGAUUCGGAAACUUCAAUGGAUUGUCAUGUUUCAGACCAUCGUGAGACUGCAGCUUCCUUUGUUGCCAAAAUGUACUGUGCAUCAAAUUCCACCCUAACCGAUGUGCAAAAAAGCAUUGCUUGCACUAAAGAGCUACUGGAAAAGACAUUGGACGAUUUAAAGGAUAAAACUGCAUCUGUAAUUGAUAGCUACUCUUUGUCAAAUCUUUAAUGCAGGAUUUUGAAAAUGCACGAAACAUGUUUUCCGAGGUGGAUACUCGGAAUAUAUGAAAAUAUAAUAAAUAAAUAUUUUUCUGAAAAACACUC